AUGGAGCCUCGCGCCCGCGCCGCCAAAAAUGUUGGCAAGAUGAACUUCAGCCACAACGAGCUGGCACAGCUCCUCUAUGCCCACGGCGACGUCCGCAACCCGCUGCCCGAGACGAUCCGCGUGCUCGAUGAGAUUGUGACCGAGUUCAUCCAGGGUAUGGCCUUUGAGGCGACGCGCGCUGCCAACUACGCGGGUCGCCAAAAGGUCAAGUACGAAGAUUUCGAGUUCGCGUUCCGCAAGAACGACGCGUUCCUCGGCAAGGUGCAGGAAGUCUUUGAGAAGAAGGGCGAGAUCGAGUCGGCCAAAAAGAUCUUCACAAAGGAUGACGAGGCCGUGCUCAUGAAGGACGCGGCGGACCAGGAGCACAAGAAGGACAAGCCGGCGAACGGGACGGGCGAGCCCCCCACGGCAGCGGAGGCGGCGGCGAAGCAGGAGGAGGAGCUGGGCGAGGCGGACGACGACGCCGACGCCGAGAGCGAGGUUGCGGGACGGCCGGCGAAGAGGGUCCGGCUCGACGGGGAGGGGAAAUGA